ACACUCAACGCACACACAACACACACACACAAGACAAACCCAACACACACUCACAUACAAUGUAAACCAAAGGGCUUUGGUUUUUUCAAUAACAUUUUUAUUCAAUUUAUAUUCCUUAAACAUUUUCCAAAAAACUUUCAAAACUCCAUAAUCACAAUAGACUCGCGCAUUCAUCAAUAAUUUAUUAAUUUAUUUAUUUAACCUUUGUAAAGGAAGUCAAUAAAAAUUGUGAUAUUUUCAAUUUCGUUUAGUGAUAGUUCCAAUCGAGAACCUUUUGCACAAUGCAAAUAUGCCAAAACUUUGAAGCAGCAUAAAGAAAAAAAAAGCAGAAGCUCCCCAAUACAUAUAUACGCAUAAAUAUAUAUAUAAUUGCACCCCAAUUAGUUGCAAGUAUUCUUGUUUUUUCUUGUUUAGUUUGAAUUCUAGUUAUCUAAAUGAAUUUCCAUUGUGCAACUGAGAAUACUCACAAAAACAACAACAAUCAAAUAAAUACAGCUGCAUUUUUGGCUUUGACUUAAGCUGUUGCUGCGCACGCUUUAGGCCCAGCUAGUAAAACAAGUAAAAAAAAAAAACAAUAACACACACACACACACACAGACACACAACACUUACACUAACACACACACUAGCGAUCAAUGCAAAAAUGUCGCAACCGAACGAACAUCAAACAACACACAUGCAACACAAUCAAAAUACAGACCAUAGCACAGACAACAACCAGCACACCGCAUUCCACACACCACCCAGCCCAACCAUACCAAAUGAGCUGAAGCAGAGACAGAAACCUGCGCUCUCACCGUUGAAUGUGCGACGACUUUCCACAUAUGCCGCCCACAAUGAUGCCGCCGAAUUUGGGGCUGAUGAUGGUGUCGCGCCGCCGUCAUUGUCCACAACCAUCGAUAUUAAUACGAACAACAACAAUUACCCUAACACCAACACCAAUACCAACAACAACCAAAACAACAAUAAUAACAACAGCUACAAUAACAACAAUAACACAUCAUCAACGUCCUCACCAUAUGCCACGCCACCAAUAUACCAACAACAAUUGUCAACAAUGACCACAACAACACCGCUAGAUGCGGCCUUGGAUGAUAAAUACAAGUUAUUUACCAUCUACAAUGGAAACGACCCCGACAAUGAGAAGUUGUCCGGCCUUCCACAUUCGACAACUGGUUCACUAAGCUCAAUCAUCACGACGUCCAUAGCAUCCUCCGAACCGGAUCCAGGUGCGGCGGGUGGCGGCGGCAACGGCGGCGGAGGAGGUGGAGGCGGAGGCGGACAUGGCGGCUUAGGCGCCCUGGCAGCGGAUGCAUCCAGCAUUGCUGGCAUCAACGGCAGCUCCGAGGAGAAGUUGGCACUGAAUCGACCCGGCAUCAAACAAGAGAAAUGGCAAACCAUAUUGCUGCAGGUGUCCAUACCGUUUUUCCUGGCCGGCAUUGGAACUAUCGGAGCGGGCAUUGUGCUUGGCCGCGUCGAGAAAUGGUACGUCUUCAAGAAUGUUAGCGAGCUGUUCAUACUGGUGCCGGCGCUGCUUGGCCUAAAAGGUAAUCUGGACAUGUGCCUCGCCUCUCGACUCUCAACGCAGGUCAAUUUGGGCAAUAUGACAGCGCGAUCGAAUGUGAUACGGAUGAUUGUCGGAAACAUUGCAUUGGUGCAGGUGCAGGCAACAGUUGCUUCCUUUCUGGUUGCCAUGUUUGCCACAAGUGUGGGCGCAGCCAUGACCGGUAACUUUUACUUUGAGAAUGUGAUGCUGUUGACCGCAUCGGCCAUGUUUACGGCGACCUCGUCGUGUUUUGUCCUGGAUUUUGUGCUGGUGGCUGUGAUUCUAUUCUCCCAAAAGUAUCGCCUAAAUCCGGACAACCUGGCCACGCCGCUGGCUGCCUCUAUUGGUGAUGUUGUCUCGAUCAGUUUGCUGUCUUUCAUUGCCUCGCUACUCUAUGAGAAUAUAAAGACCCAUUUGUGGAUCACUUUCAUUGUGGUUACCUGCUAUCUGAUACUGCUGCCCAUGUGGGUCGUCAUUGUGCUGAAAAAUGAGUAUACACGGCCGGUGUUAAAGAGCGGUUGGGUUCCAGUGCUAUCAGCGCUCUGCAUCAGCGGGCUCGGUGGUCUCGUAUUGGACGCCGCUGUGGAGGUCUUCACAGGUUUUGUGGUCUUCCAGCCGAUUAUUAACGGCAUUGGCGGCAAUCUGGUGUCAGUGCAGGCCAGCAAAAUAUCCACAAUGCUGCAUCAAAGCUCAAUUAUUGGCAUUAUACCACCGCACACAAAGAUCGUCGAGUGGCCGUGGCGAGCACUCUUCAAGGGCGUGCCCUAUGCUAAGACGGCACGCAUUCUCAUCGCCAUGUCCAUACCCGGCAAUAUAUUGUUCAUCUUUGCGGCCGAUUAUAUAAACAUGAGCACGACUACCGUAACGUGGGUAUUUAUGUUAUCCUAUUUGAUCGCCAGUUUGAUACAGGUGAUGAUGUUGCUCUACAUUGCGCAUAUCAUUGUGCACGCAAUGUGGAAAUGGAAGAUCGAUCCGGACAAUUCGGCUAUACCAUAUCUGACAGCGCUUGGUGAUCUACUGGGUAGCAGCUUGCUGGCUGUCGCCUGGCUUUUUACGAUGUCGGUGAACAAACAAUAUGGCUCCAAUUUGGACACACUGAAUGCGCCCAACUAGCGACAAAGCCAACAUACAUAAUUUAGCUGUGGGGCCGCAUCGUUUUCGAUGGUGCCCAGUUUCUUAGUUAGCACGCAAUAGGAUAAUGAUAAUUGAGAAUGAUAUGAAAUUGCAGAUGCAGCAACAUAAUACAAAGAACUGUAACGUACCUAAAUUCUAACAUAGAAACUGAACGUAUAUACAUGUCUGCAUACACAAAGAUAAACACCAAAACCACACACAUAAUACAAUACACAAAACAAAAAAACAAAAAAAAGAAGAAAAACAACAACAACACUAGACUACAUCAAACCCAAAACAAAUAGACAAAAGACCUAUGCAAAUAUUUUUAAAAUAUUUCGAAUGUUGAGGAUGAUUCCCCUUUUUUGUAGCUUUCACAUGGCUUUUGCUUGUGUUCCUUUGCUCUACCAAGAUAUUAUGUACCGAGUAUAUUGUAAAUUUUGAAGGUCUGCCCUGUGUUGGCUUGGUCAGCCACAUGGCAGGACGCUGCGUAAUAUUUUUUAAGGCUUUUAGGACAAUAUUAUACAUAUAUAAAUAAGCUUCUCCAAAACGAGAGAAGCAAAGUUCAUACAAUAGUGUAAAACAUCAAACCAAACAAUAUAGGAAUUUUCAUUUUUAUUGUUUGUGUUCUGAUGGUGCCUAGUUUUCUUUAAGCAUCUAAACUAUAUAAAUUGUACACUAAAAUAGUCUUUAAUAUGGCCUACUUAAUUUUUAUAUGAUACAAUUUAUAGUAUUAGCGCAGAUUUGAUUUUUGCAAGUCUCGCUUUAUUGUUUUAAACAUGUGUUUUUUCCCCUUAUAUAAGCAAUCCAUUUUUUUUUUUGCUAUGCGCACCUCCCAAAAACAACAAUAAAACCAUAUUAUUAUUUAUUGCCCCUGUUAAAAAGCAUAGGUGUAUAUUAUUUUUUUUUUUUAUUUGUAAAAAAUAUUUUAAGUUGAACACAUUUGUGUAUUUGUAUGUAUUGAAAAUUAAGAAUGUAAAAUUAUAAUGUAUCUAAUUAUUAUAUUGUUUGUGCGUUAUGUGAAGCGAACAGGGAAAGAUGAGACGUUCUGAAAGGAAAUGUGAUCGAUAUUUAAUUAAAAUAAUAAUUAUAAAUUAAUGUAAUA